AUGACAUCCAGCAAUGAGAUCUUUGAGUUGUGGAGUGACUCGCAGCAGGAUCUGAUUCAAUGGCUUGCACCGUACAUGCCCACAUGUGUUGCCCUAUACAGGCGCAUUCAAUUUGGACACUUCACACCAGAUUCUCGACUGCUCAGUUCCAUCAACUUUGCCAGCCCAGUUCACCAGACUGAGGCUAACCGUCCCUGGAUAAUUGCAUUCGUUGAUCGGACUUGUAGGCCAGAAACAGAAGUAUGGCUGAGUGCCAGUUGGGAGCAUAAAGUACUGGCGAAUGACUCGACGCGGCUUCCACAAGAAGACGAUCUAGUCAGGUCUAUGGUCCGAGAGAUUGGCAAGCUCAAGACUCCUGCUCGAUCCGAAAAUGCUGCUGCAAGCUCAGUACGCACCAACGGCAAUGGAAGCAUUAGCAACAACCAUUUCGAGAGGCACUUGGAUAACGAGAAUGUCGCCUUGUUUGGAGCCGUCCAUAGCUCCACUGCUGAGAUUCUCAAGAGCCUGGGCUUCAUCGACCCAAGUUUCAUUGGCCACGAUGCACCGUAUCGAAAAUACAUCUUCGACUUCAAAAACAGCAUAAGUUCUCGAAGUCUUCCACCCGGUUAUGUGUACGGCAAGGUCGAUCCCAAAGACUACGAGCUAGUCAAGUCGCGCACGCAAAUUCCUCGACAAGACAGGACUCUAUGCCAGCUACCCAGUGUUGCGAUAUACUAUACAGAUUCCCAAGUCUCAGCCGACGAACCGAUUGCUUGGGGUUUUCUAGGACUAGACGCCUCACUUACGACCCUCCAUGUCGAGCCAUCACAUAGAGGUCUGGGCCUGGCUAAGAGCCUAAGCCUCAAGCUUUUUGCAGGCGAGAUGAAAGCAUACGGACCAGACGAUCCUCUUGUUGGCGGAAUAGUCACCCAUGCGGAUGUGGCAACAGACAACGUUUCAAGUCAAAGAGUAUGCGAGAGCUUGGGAGGGAAGUGGUAUUUUGAAGUUUUUUGGAUACGAGUCUCUGUAGUAUAA